UGUCUCUGCGGGCGGUUCAGUCGGUGCGCUGCGCUCUGAUGUCAUCAGGCGGCCACAGCUGGAGCGCCUCUAUAGCGCCAGUGCGUGUGGAAAACGCAUCCUGUGCGGGGACAAACCACGCAAUCCAAACUCCUUAUUUUUAUUUGGUCGCCUCGGAGACUUUCUCACCUAUUUUAACAGACUGCACGAGGAGAUGGAUAUCAGCGUGAUGCAGAUCUUUAAGGAGGAUCAGUGCGCGUCUGCGGGUGUUGAGGACUGUUUGGUGAACUUGGACUCGCUUUCAGAAGCGCCUCUGAACUCCUCAGGGAAUGAGAGCUGGCCAAGCGAGGUCGAGAGCCUCUCCCCCAUCGUGCCUGUCAUCACAGCUGUCUACUCCGUGGUGUUCGUUGUCGGCCUGGUGGGAAACUGCCUGGUGAUGUAUGUCAUUAUAAGAUACACUAAGAUGAAAACAGCCACCAAUAUCUACAUCUUCAACCUGGCAGUAGCCGACGCCCUUGUGACCACCACUAUGCCCUUUCAAAGCACUGACUACCUGCUCAACUCAUGGCCUUUCGGAGAGGUGGUCUGCAAGGUCUUCAUCUCCAUUGAUUACUACAACAUGUUCACCAGCAUCCUCACCCUCACCAUGAUGAGCGUCGACCGCUACGUGGCCGUGUGUCACCCGGUCAAGGCGCUGGAUUUCCGCACACCCGUCAAGGCCAAGAUCAUCAACAUCCUCAUCUGGGUUUUAUCUUCGGCUGCUGGCAUCCCAGCUCUGGUCCUCGGCAGUACUCAGACCAACAAUGGCACCACAGAGUGUGCUCUCCAGUUUCCUGAUCCUUAUGUCUACUGGGACACACUAAUGAAGAUCUGUGUAUUUGUCUUUGCUUUUGUGGCACCCCUGCUUAUCAUUAGCGUGUGUUACACGCUGAUGGUGUUGCGCUUGAAAAGCGUCCGUCUGCUGUCGGGUUCCCGUGAGAAGGACCGUAAUCUGCGGCGCAUCACUCGUCUUGUUCUAGUGGUGGUGGCUGUGUUCGUCGUGUGCUGGACGCCCAUUCAUAUCUUCAUCCUGGUGAAGGCGCUGGCACCCGAAGUGCCUGAGACUACGGCUGUCAUGGGCGCCUACUUCUUCUGUGUGGCGCUCGGUUACACCAACAGCAGCCUCAACCCCAUCCUGUAUGCCUUUCUGGAUGAGAAUUUCAAGCGAUGUUUCCGCGAUUUCUGCUGUCUUACUCGGAGCAAGGCGGACGGCGUGGGGGUGUCACGGGUCAGGAGCACUCUCCGCGAGCACACGUGCCAGGCAGAGGGCAAGGGCGAGGGGGGCCGUGGCAGAUCAGUAUGACUAGCUGUGGAGCUCUCCUCCUUUCAAGGCCUGGAAAUCUCCAAUGACCUGGGAUUGACACAGAUCACCACCACCAUCUGAGAAGGACACAGAUCAAGAUGGGCCUUUUAGGUGCGAGAGCCGCAGCAUUAGGAAAGCACAUCAACAUCGUUCCAUAAUGCCGUGUCAAAAUUCAGCAUUUCAUUCAACCGAAAUUUUCAUUUUCAAUGUUCUCAUAGAUAUCUCAAUACGGUUUUAUUACCCCGAGGACUUAAAGGAUUCAGAAGAGCUUUAUAUUCUGAAGUUUUCUGGCGAUGAACUGAUGUUGUUAAGGAAUUAAAGAGACACCACAUCCUAUGCUCAGCCAAAUCAGCUGAUUUGCCUGCAGUGCCGCUUUUUAGAAACAUCUACACCAUGCAGAUUUUUUUCAAGAGGAUUUAAUUCUACCUGUUCCUGAACUCUGGCUCAAAUAUUAGUUCCUACCCAGUUCCCUCUGUGCCAUAUCUUCUGAGCCAGAGACCAAAGACAGUGUCCAUUAAAUAUAAUAAAAAAAAGAUUGACAUUUAGAAGUGAUGCUCCAUGUCUGAGCAAUACCCAGAAUUCUAAGUGCAUUAUUAAUGAAAAUGGAGCCUGAUGCAAAGGAAGCUGAUACAAUGGGUUUUACUACAUCAAGAAGAAGGAACUAUAUGAGAGGACAUUGGGUGAUUGGGAUAACUCUUAUAAAGGAAUGGGAAUGAUUCAUCUUGUAUAUAUAUAUGGUACAGACCAUUUCAACGGCCAUUCGUUCAUGUGAGGAAGUGACGUAUUUUAAUCCGUUCCGGUUAGCAAACGCUCACAUUCAAAACAUCGGCGGGAUACGAAUUAUACACAGCGACAGUUUAUAUAUUCUUGUGAUUAUAAUGUGAUUAAUUCAGCUCUGUUGUUUAUGCUCUCUCAAACCAGCAACCAAGUUGCUGUCGGAAAAUUAAAGUGGUUCGGUUUCCGAAAAACAAAACACAACGAUCCACAUUUGAUCUCGAACAUACAACAAUAUCGAAUUCAAUAUCAGUUAGAUUAUUUUUUCCUUAGCCAGCAGUAUUGCAUGCGCCUUCUUGUUUAUUCGUGACCAGAAGGUGCAUUCACAUCUUCUCUCACACUGUUUCACCACCACGUUUGCUAUAAGUUAUGAUGGAACACAACAAUUAAUUUGCGUGGCUUCUUGGCUUUGCUCUGCAGAUCGGACCAAUGCACAAGAAGUUUGGGAGAUCACAACACUCGGUUUAUUGAACAUCAGGAGGCGAAACUCGUACUAUACAUUAGU